UCUCGCCCUCCAGCCUCCGCGGGCCGCAACCGCCGAGCAUCCUCGAGCCAUCGCCCAGAUCCGGCCGGCGCCGCCUACUGCUCACCCCCGAAUCCUCGCGUCGUCAAGCGCUUGCCUGACCGACCCCGACCCCGGGGCCCAGCACAGCCUCACAAAAGCAGAACACUCACCAUCCAAGGACCAUGUGGCGCCGAGCCGGAGCCGGACGAAUUCGCCUCCACCUCAACGCCGCCGCCGCCGCCGCCGCCGCUGGCCGUCGUGUACGGCGACCCUUACUACCUCCUAUCCCCACAGCCCCAUCGUCCUCUGCCUCUUGCUCCUCCCCUUCCGGCCACAAUCUUGGAAUCAUCCGGGAUUCCAUCAGGGCUCCCUCGCGGAGCCUGUCGAACCAGGCAAGCAGAGGAGGUGACGGCGGCAGCGUGUGCUGGAGCUGCGGCGCGAGGGGCGCGUUCCUCUCGUGCGGGUCCUGCGGGAGCGUGCAGCCCAUCGACCCCGCCGUCGACUACUUCCAAAUCUUUGGCCUAAAAAGAGAAUACAACAUAAAGGAUAAUAGUUUAGAAGGGAAGUACAAGGACUGGCAGAAGAAGUUACAUCCUGACCUAGUUCAUACCAAAUCUGAGAAAGAGAGAGGGUUUGCUGCCGAGCAGUCAGCACUUGUAAUUGAUGCAUACCGCACGCUCAGCCGACCAUUAUCAAGGGCAUUAUAUUUGCUUCUACUCGAGGGCAUACAUGUUGAUGAAGAGAAGACUAUCAGUGAUCCUGAACUUCUUAUGGAGAUGAUGGAGAUACGAGAAGCUGUUAAUGAUGCCAGUGAUUCUCAAACCCUGGAGAAGAUCCAGUCUCAGAUUAAGAGAAAGCUCGAAACUUGGUCCGAUUCUUUCCAGGAAGCGUUCGACAAGAGGGAUUUUGACCGUGCAGUGGAAGCUACACAACGAAUGAAGUACUAUGAACGUGCGAUGGAAGAAACUGUGAAGAAACUCUGAUCUUGAUUUGGCCAAAGGUGGGGAGGCUUGAAGAUUUUUCGUGCAUUCCUGGCAGGUCACCUGUCAUUCGCUCUUUACCCGGUAUGGCUAGUAAGGACCACAGAAGAGCAUAGAUUGUGAAACGGUUUCAUGUGAAGACUGGGACAGUGGGUCUUCUCACUCACUCCCCACAACUCCAAAUGCACCAUUACCUAAAAAAAAACCUCCAAAUGCACCCACGUCUGCCACAAAGCUAAAAGAGUAGGUAGAGUUAUCUUCAGUCUUUCAUGCCUGCAAUUUUAUAUAGUGGCAAUAAAAAAAAGGAAAUAUAGCUAUUUAAGCUACUGAGUCGAAGUGCAUAUGGAUGCUUUUUUACUUAUGUUUGUUGAGAUAAUUGGAUAAAUUGUACUAGAUUGGUGAACUUUGAUAAAUGCUCCGAUCAGCAAAAGCGGAGGUUGCACUGCUGCAAGUUGCAAAACA